AUGGCUCCCGACCCCCUUAGUGAUAGUGAACGGUCGGAGCGGUUACUAAAACGGUGUAUCAUGCGUCGGGAUGGUGCUAUCCAAGAUAUGAAUGAUUUACAUAAGCUAGCGGUAAAGGCAAAGGGUGAUAUAUCGUGUAAAGCGUUAUUUUUUGCUCGCAAGGCUGACAUUGAACAAUUUAUGGCAGAUAUUACGGUAGAACAAGACACAAUUAUGGACGCGUUGUUGGACGCGGGUCGGGACAGCGAAUAUGUACAUACACACGCUCCAUUGAUUCGGGAGGUUAAAAAUCAAUAUUAUUUCAUUCAUGCCACGGCACAAGAAAUGACCGUUGAACCUCAACCUGUACAAAAUGUUCGUACCAACCUCCAUUUACCAAAAAUAAAGUUACCGUCAUUUAGUGGGGAUAUUCUACAGUGGCCAACCUUCCGUGACAAGUUCGUUGCGUUAGUCGAUUCAGAUCCCGACUUAUCCCCAAUCGAAAAGUUCCACUUAUUAGCAGGUUGUGUUACUGACAGGGCUGCCACAGUGGUUAACUCGUUGAAAAUGACAGAUAUGAAUUAUCCAAUUGUGUGGCGAAAGUUGAUUGAUCAGUUCGAUAAUCCUCGUCUAUCUGCCUCGACAUUAGUAGACGGACUUCUAAGCUUUCGCCGAAUGGAAUUUGAAACCGUUCCAGGGUUAUCAGCGUUCCUCCAUGUUUUUGACGAAAGUUUGCAAUCGUUGAAAAUGUUCGACAUCGAAGAUGUGUCUAGUUUUAUUAUGUUUGUAUUAGCAAAUAAAAACCUUCCACGUGGUACUCGGGAAUUAUUUGAAAAGGAUAACUCCAACACUUUUCCUGGUAUUGAAGAUUUGGUAAAGUUCGUUCGAUGUCGUAUAAAAAUCUUGGAAAAUAUUGAUGGUGCUGCAGGUAAGCACAUGCCUAAAGACAAAUCAAACGGUAGGUUCAAUGACAAGCCCACUGGUAAGUUGAUGAUGGUAUCAGCACAGGGCGAUGCAAACCCCAAAUGUCCGAUUUGUAAAGCACCUCAUGAUGUACAAGUAUGCUCAGAGUUUCUAUCUAUGCAACCCCCGAAGCGGUUUAAGAUGAUAACUAGUUUCCGUCGGUGUUUCCGAUGUUUGAGUGCUACUCAUGUAUCAUCAGCUUGUACCAGUGACGUUUUUUGUGCUACAUGUAAGGGGUCACAUCACAGUUUAUUACAUCUCCAAAAAUCUAGGGUCAGACCACCAUCAGACAAUGGUGGGAGUUCGGGCUCGGCACCAGGUGGUAUGAAUCGUGGGGCAUCAUCUAGCUCUGUAUCGAUCGGUGCCGUAUCUCAUGUUGGAAAAAUGGGUCCAUCCACGGUAGUUUUGGGAACAGCCGUGAUCACACCCGUGAUCGGUUCGGUCAAACCGUGGUUGUACGAAUUUUAG